AUGCCUUGGGAGAACAUCGUGGGGCUGUGCCAGGACAUGUUCUCCAAAAUGGCCACGUACCUAACAGGUGAGCCGACAGCCACCAGUGAAGACUAUAAACUUCUGGAAAAUAUGAACAAACUGACUAGCUUGAAGUAUCUCGAAAUGAAAGAUAUUGCAGUAAACAUAAGUAGAAACCUAAAGGACUUAAAUCAGAAAUAUGCAGCACUUCAGCCUUAUCUGGAUCAGAUCACUUUAAUUCAGGAGCAAGUAGCAGCUACAAGUUGGAUGCAUAUUCAAAUAAACCAGAAGCAAAGUGCAAGAAGUUAG